AUGUUCAAGAAAAGGAAUAUCAAAAAGGAUAAAGAGAGUAUCAAGAGAAAGAUAAUAGAGGAAGAAGGUGAAGCUCCUGAAACUUUGCUUAAGGAAUCUAUCAAUAAAUUGAAAAGGUCCAAGAUAGAGACAAAACCAACUGAAUUUCAAUCAGACAAAGGGAAAGAAGUUUUAAAAGAGGUUUCAAAAGAACUAACUCAUACAGACUCAGCUACUAUGACAAUAACGAAGUCUGAUACCAAGUCAUCACUCAAAGCAGCACCUGUUAAUGUGCGAACCACUACGAUAACAGACUUUCAGCCUGAUGUAUGUAAGGAUUUCAAACAAACAGGAUAUUGUGGUUAUGGCGAUACUUGUAAGUUUCUCCAUAUUAGAGGGGAAUCCACAAAUAAGACCCCCGUAGUCAAAGAAUGGGAAAAUGUCAACAAGAAAGAGAAAAAAGACACCAUACCUUUUAAAUGCGUAUUAUGUAAAGAUGAUUAUAAAACCCCAGUCAAAACCAUUUGUAAUCAUCUCUAUUGUAAGGAUUGUUUCUUCAAAAGAUUGAAAACUAAGAAGACAUGUUUCAUCUGUAAUGAAGAUACCAAAGGAAUUUGUUCUCCAGUACCAGCCAAAGAAUUUGCAACCUUGAUGAGUUAA